UUUGCUUGACACCAAGGGGCAGACCUCAUAUAAACAAUCGUGCGAAGCUAAAGCGAAAAAAAAUCCUCAUCAUGCUUAGUGGAUUAGUAAAGACCUCGAUUUUGUCUGUUUGGGUUUUAACAAUCCAUUAUACCAUAUGUAAAGGUAUACAAUGGCCUGCAGGCUCAUACGGUCUACCAUGCACGAGCAGCGGUUGUCCGCAAAGUACAGGCGUGGUAUGGCUAACAGGGACACUUUACCAGCCCCUCUACGAGUACUCAAAGGGUUCCGUCCCACUGCAUAUUAAUGCAUCAAUUACAAGGGAUGGUAUCACACGCUCAUUUUGCAUCAAAAACUCCACGGACUCGGAUACAUCUCGACCAAACUGGCCCAUGGGAAGGUACUGCAUCUACGCGAAGGGUGACGAGUGCCCACACGGCAUGAGCAUGGGCUCCAUGUACUGGAACGACAGACUAGCUUUUGUAGACCCAGACUACACCCGAGGGGAGCUCCCCAGGGGGGUAUACACAGUGAACACUUUGAUGUAUUUCUGCUGCAGUACUGCUGGCCGCCGUGACACUGCCAUCCCCCUCCCUGUGGCCACACCCUUUGCACUUUUUCCUCUCGACCCUUACUGCCAGAAGGUCAUCGGUGCUUACGCGAGUCUCGAGUACAUAGAAUUUGACACCGUGAACUACGAUAACAUCUGGAAAACACCGCAUCCCUACUUAGGCAGGAAGAGCUAUGACCCUACCAUGUACUACUGCUACUAUAGAGCAUGCAUGCACAACCUCACCGCCACUUCCGGGAUCAUCGUCUCGCCAAACUACCCCUCACUCUACCCUGACCUUUCCGACUGCCGGUGGACUAUAACAGUGCCCCCCGGACACCAGAUCGAGCUAGACUUCCAGGAUUUUCAACUAGAGUGGUCCCCUCUAUCAUGUGACCCCAUUUCGUGCUCGUGUGAUUGGCUAAUCGUCACGAUACACGGUCACGUGACUUACAAGACGACGUACUGUAACAGGAUUCUUCACCAGCCCCCCAAGAUCCUGAAUACUUUUGCAAAUCACGUGGUGCUGGAUUUCCAUAGCAACGGUGUGAAUAGAGACAGGGGGUUUAAGAUUUCCUAUCGGACACUGCAAACUUCUGUUUUGCCGACAACUGACAUCCCAACGACACUCAUCUCUACAACCCAACUUUCGUCACACAACGCUACCACUGUCACGCCUACUCAAGCUACGAGCGUGACACAUGUAAUUACUACGAAUCACGUGACAAGGCAGCCGCACUUACGAAGUACUACGGCGCCCAACAACACCGCUGACCUCAACACGACGGCACAGGUCAUCAUGCCGGCUGCUCAAGACGGUGUAGUGUUUACUCUCUGGCUAGAAAUCCUUAUAGCAGCCUUGUCUGCAUUUCUGCUUAUCGCUGUUAUUGCAGCUUAUGGCUAUUGGAGGUUUGGCAAGGCAUCAGAGCGCAUGCGGGAGUGGCUUGUCAUCCGCUAUAGUAGUGACGCCAGCACCUUAGGAUUCUCCAAGUCCAGUAAUCGCACCAUCAACAUGUACAGCGGUGAAGAUGUCGAGAUCAUCACGGAGUCUCAAAUGAGUAGUAAUCCCCUUUAUGGCAGCCAAUCACAGCGGUCCGUCCGUCGUAGCCGAACUGUCACCAGUCAUACAGACCCUCCAUUGACGACUGUAAUGUCGCCCGCUGGAUCCCAAGGCUCCUCAGACCUUGUAUACGCCUCAGCGGAGAUUACAAAGGAAUCUAAAAACGUGUUAUACCAAGAAUGUCAAGAUGGAGUGGAGAAAAAGACAGAAAACCCUUUAUACGAAAGAGUCUUGUAGGGGGACAGAGCGAUGGUUCGCCCUUGUCAGUACACGCGGCUUCGUCAGCUUCAUUCCCAAGGCUAACUACACUAUACUACUUGUACACCCAGAAUUCAGUGCGGUCGUGCUGGAUUCUGAUGAUCGUCACGUGUCGUUAGCCUGGAAAGAAAUACUUGCCUAAAUAGAGAAAGAAAGUCGUUGCCCGUGUGAAUGUUGAUGCAAGCACAAGAGGGAACUUGCCAAGAAUCGUACAUGGCAUACCCAGGUUUGAUUGGCUGAAGCAAUUCAAAUACGAAACUAAUAAAUAUAGAUCAGUACAGAGAAUCUGCGUUUAGAUAGCCUAACUGUAGGCAUUAGAUGCUGUUUUCAGCGAUAAAAA